AUGGCAGACAUUGCUCCUGAUUUGGCUGCAGACCUGCUUGCAGCCUUCGCGUCUGUCCCUGACGACAAGGUUGAGCCUGGGCCCACGAUCCCCGAACCAGAGGUCACAGAGCCUACGACGUCACCUUCGAAACGGCCGCGGACAGCCGAACUUGACGACGAAGGUUGCGCCGAGAAGCGACAAAAGACAGAUGAUCAUGGGUCCCCGGGGAAUGUUCUCCCAGACAUGGGCUCGACCAGCUGGGAUAUCUCCACCAUGAUCCAGAAUGCGCUGGGAUCUCUGGACGAGCAAUUGCAUCAGCCUGCCGUUACAGCAGACGAUGGCGCGAACUACAAUUCCACCGCGGACACAACCCAUCCUCAGCCCACGACUGCGCGGAAGGUAGAGCAGAAGCGGAUGAAGUUCUCCAGCAAUCCAUACUAUGUGAUGCGGACCAUGAGCCUGCCAUUGUUGGGCAGUUUGGCCGUCCAGAUCCUGCUCGCUCUCUCACAACAACCCAGGCAGGAGACCCUGGCGCUUAUCGCUGACCGGGAGUCGGAAUAUCGCAAGGCUUACGACCUCCUAAAGAAUUCUCUGGAGCACGCGAGACGAAUAUUCUCCGAGUCGUCGCCCCUUCUUUUCGCCGACGAUCUGGAAGUCAGCGAUUCUGAGGACCGCGAGACACUACGGAUGUCGAAUCUUGCCGCCAUAAGCUCCAGUGUGCUUCAAGGAGACGAUGGUCUCGUCUCCGAAUGUCACGAGAACUUUGCGGCGGUCUUCAUACCGGAAGAUGGAGAGUUUGCCGAGAACACGGCAAAUUUGUGCAUCAGUUUCAAGACACAGGCGUUCUUGAUAUCGAUGAAGCAAACCGAAGAUAGUCAGGGCAGAUCCGAUGCGCUAGAUGCGCAUUUCCCGGCCAAUGUGGACGAAACUGAAAGAGAGAGGUUAGCGUCGGGGAUCAGGACUCGGAGACAGGAGCUACUUGAGUCCAUCCUCGACGACGAGAAGAGAUCACGGUUGGCAGAGCUGUAUCCGUUCGAAAGCCUCGCUGAUGAUCUAGGCGCAUACUUGCAAAGCCAGUUGGGAGCGACAAUAGAGUAUGCAGAAAAGUAUGGGAUCAACAUCCCGAUCAGCGAGGACUUGGCCGUCAGCGAACCGUUGGAAAAUGGCCAACUUGAGACCGAUCACGACGAGCUAUCCCUGCUCUUACAGAACGCAACAUCCGGCCUGAUCCCAAAUGGUGCGGAGGAUUCGGCAAACAUGGAUCUCGGCUCGAGUACAAAUGAAGGCUCUACCAGCUUAAGCGACAGUCUGGGUCUUGGUAAACUCAUACAGGAGUCUCUAUCAGGCCAAGGUGACCCAGCGAAGGAGGAACUAGCAGACACGACAGCGACAAACGGGACUGGGACUGAUAUGUUCGAUUCAGGGGGUCUCGCAUCCUUGAUCGCAUCAAAACUGAACACGGGCUUUGGGAACGUCUCAAACGGCAGCCCCAGUUUCUCCAGUUCUCAGCCGUAUCAUCCAACAACGCUACCCCCCAGCAGUGCCGCUCAACUCAACCAGCUAUCUCAAACACCGUACUAUUCAUACACCCACCAACCCCCGCCGCCACCGCAACCUCCCGCAGAAGGAGGAACGCUCCCCCCCAACCAGACAUUCCCCACCUCGAUACUGUACGAGCGGGCCCGACAGGCAGCUGUUGCCAAGUCGUCUUCCACUGCCCGGCGCGAGGGACUCCAUUCUACGCGCAGGGCCUGGACCCCUGAAGAGGAGAAGGCUCUCAUGGCUGGCUUGGACAUGGUUAAAGGCCCCCACUGGAGCCAGAUUUUGACACUUUUUGGGCAAAAUGGAGCCAUCUCGGAUAUUCUAAAGGACAGGACACAAGUUCAACUCAAAGACAAGGCUCGGAACCUCAAGCUCUUCUUCCUCAAAACCAACUCGGAGAUGCCUUAUUAUUUGCAGUGCGUCACCGGUGAGUUGAAGACACGGGCGCCCAGCCAGGCUGCGCGGAAGGAAGCCGAGGAAAAGGCACGACUGAAUUCAGAGGAGGAACACGCGAGGCUCCAAGGGAUCACGACGCAUGCACAGAGCCUCCACAACAAUAACCGGAAUACCAGCAGCCCAGUGCCGAUCUCGGGAGCGUCAACGUCCACGAGAGCGAGCCCUGUAACGCCCGGUGUUGGGGUCGCGAUCCCGGCAUUCUCGCCCGUCAGGAACACACCCAUUGCCGCUGCCACAUCGCCAAAUGUGAAGAGCGAGCCGACGGACCCCCUAGCGAUGUACCAGGCCAAGAUGGAGCGGCUCGACAUGUCAGCGAUACAGCAGGCGGUGCAUCAGCCGGUGCAUCAGCCGGUGCAUCAACCGGUACAGCAGCCGGCGCAACAGCCGAUACAGCAGCCGAUACAGCAGCCGAUACAGCAGCCGAUACAGCAACCAACGCAACAACCCAAAAUCGAACGACCGGAACAGCCAGUUGUGCACCGGGCUGAGAUUGAGCGACCUACGAUGCAGCCAGGAGCACACACCGAGAUGCAGCCUGCAGGCCAGCCGGGGGUGCAAGAAGCUAAGAUCGAGCCACAAGUACUUUCUGCACGCCAGACCCAGCCUCAGAAGCCUUUAGUGCAGGCACAGUUGCAACAGGCGUCCCAACCGCAUGCACACCCCGUCUCAACUACGAGCGGCACCAGCACGCAAUCAGCACCACGUCCGGCGCCCCCCACCCCUCCGGUCACCAACCAUGAGACCACAGUGCCGGAAACGAAAACAUUUCAGCCUUCCGUGACAGCGCCGUCUAGCUGA